GUUCUCGGGCGCACUUCGACAGCUGAUAUCGCUGGCCGAGAGUGUGGUCAGUACGGAGUAACCGUUCUCCGGUAGUGCAAGUGCGUUUCUGUCUCGCCCCAACCGUAGGCGAUGUGGCAAGUUCUUGGAUGGACGGCGUUUUUCGCCGCGAUGAUCAACAGCUGCCACGGUGGUCAUCUUCGGUUCCCGUACGGUGACACCAACUUCAGUCUGAACGUUUACAAGGCCGCCUUCGAUUCGGAGCGUAAUGUGAUUGUAGCACCGUUUGUGUUGCGCAACAGUAUCGUAAUGUUGUAUGCGAUUGCAACGGGUGCGACACAGGAACGACUGCGAGAGGUUUUCGCGUUACCGGAAAAUUUCACCGAGUUUUUAACCAAUCAGAAGGAACUGCACUACAUGCUCGGUGGGGAAGGCGAUGGGUUUCGGAUGAGGAACCGGAUUGUCGUGAACGGUUUCCGAGAUGUCGAUGUGCACAUGAGGGAUGUGAUGAAGGAAGAUCUGGACACCACCAUCGUGUACUUCGACUUCGGUCAGCGGGAGGGAGUGGUUCGCCGGGUGAAUCAUUUCGCUAACUUCAACACCAAUCGGGUCGUGAGUGAAUUGGUCAGUUUGGAUUACAUUCCGAAGCACCUGCAGAUGGCGCAAAUUUGUGCGGCAUCGUUUAAGCCACCGUUUGCGAAUGCCUUCAAUCCGAAUGAUACGAGUCCGCGGGAAUUUUGGAGUGGAAUGAUCGAGAAACUGUACUCGACCAUAACGAUGUUCAAGCGAGGAGAUUUCCGCUUUUCUCGAAUACCGGAACUGGAGAUUGAGGUGCUGGAGUUGCCGUUUGUGAAAUCCAGCGAUGCUGUCAUGUGGAUUAUGCUUCCGGAUAGGGACGCCUCGCUGGAGACGAUCAUGAAAGCACUGGAACCGGGACAUUUCGAUGCAAUUCAGGCACAUUUUUCUAUGAAACGUGCCGAGAUUACGGUGCCGUUGUUUACCAUAGAGUCGGAGUUCAAUGCAACGGAUUUCCUGAAGCACACGAUGGGACUUGAUGUGUUGUUUAAGCUGCGGGAACUGCGGGUGUUCGAGGAUCUGGACUCCUCGCUGGACACUGUGAUACAUCGGGCGGGUAUUCAUUUUUACGAAAAAACGGCAGACGCCGGCGGUGCUACGAUGGUUCGGAGUUUUCGGAAACGAAGUGCCGUCUACCAGUAUGUGGUGGCCCGAUCGUACCUAUUUGUGAUCGUGAAGAAAACCAAUAAACAGAUUCUGUUCAUGGGCCAUCUGUACAAACCGGACAACUUGGUUGAAGUUUAAAAUAGAUGAACGAGAGAUAUUUUCAAAA